CUUGGUCGUCAGAGAUCUUAGGACUGGAGGAGUAGCGAAAUGGAGACAUUGCGAGUAACAUGUGUUUUGUCAAGAAAUUUGCGAAAAAGUAUUUUCUGCGAGAGACAGUUGUUGAACCAUCGACUAUUGACGAUAAAUGUUUUUGCUGCAAGGAACCAAAGUACUCAACAAACCGAUGUUAAGGUGUAUCAUGGACCAUUGGCACAGCAGAUUCGAGGAGUGAAGUUAUUUUCAUUGGUUACUAGUGCAGGCGGUCUGGUUGCUCAGCCGUACCUUAUUCAACAUGCAACAACUUUCGGAAAUUUACCGCUGUCCAUUGCAAUGCUCGGGUUUAUAGGAUGUUUCACAUACGUAACGCCGUUCUUAUUGCAUUGGAUAACAAAAAAGUAUGUGACGGAGAUUAGAUACACGCCAGAUAGGGAAGUUUACACUGCUGUAGUGUACAACUUUUUUCUGAAGGAGAAAAAGAUAAUAUUUCGCCCAGAGGAUGUCGAAGUACCAGAAGUUCCUGGCAUGUUCUCUUCCUUCCACGUCAGAGGUAUUCCUUUAUUUGUUGAUCCUAGGAUGUUUGAAGACAAAUCGCAUUAUGCUCGUAUAAUGGGAUAUGACAAACCUCUAGACUUGAAGCUUGGAGACCUGGAAAAUGAUAAGAAAACGUGAUAAGUUCACACCAGUGUGUAUUGAGAAUAAACUGAAAUAAAUUGAGUGACUAUGUUGAAAGUAGUUAAUGUGAGUGAAAUCUUCAAGUGUUAAUGUAUAAUUUUGGGAAAUUUCCCAUGUCUACCAGUUUAGUGCCUUUCUCUGCUUAGUGCUGUUUAGCACUAAUAAAUUAUUGAAGGUGAGUACUUA